AUGCCGUCGGCCGCCACCCGCUCGUCGUCCAUGGGCGCCGGCGACAUUGAGUUCGCCCUCGACCUCGACGACAUCGCCGCCCGCGCAGCCAAAGCGGACUGCAUCGGCGCGCUCGCCUGCGGCCGCGCAAGCUUCUCCUACCACCGCCUCCCCGAGCCGCCCCUCCGCCUCACCGUCCGCAAGCUCGACGAUUCCUACUUCGGCGUGCAGAUCGCCAGGUCGGCCGCUGUGUGGGAGCUCAAGGCGGCGAUACAAGGCGUGUUCAUCGCUCUCUACGAUGACAUGGAGAAUGCUGUCACUUGGCAGCACGUGUGGAGCCACUUCUGCUUAUGCUUCAAGGAUGAGAAAAUGACGGAUGACAGGGCAACCUUGCGUGCAUUUGGUAUAAAAGAUGGUGAUGAGUAUGAUUCAUUAUUUGUGUUCAAGGCCAUUUGGAAAUCGAGUAAACUGUUUCAGCUAUUUGCGGAACUCCAUUUCGCCCAGCAUCUCUCCGUUGACUACAGCCCUUGCAAGAGUUCAAAAAGUCAAAGGGCAACAUCUCACAGAAGGUCAAGGACUUCAGUGGAAGGUUUUAGUGUCAGACCACGGAGUUUGAUGGAUGAUCUGAUCGAAGAAGAUGAGGGCGAGAAGAAGCUUGCUGCUACUAGGCAUUCGACCAGUAUUCUGGAUGAAGAUUUUUGUGUUUAUGAGCACCACGAGCAGCACGUGGAGGAAGAUCGUAAGAAAGGAAGCUCUGUUCGCGGUUGGUUCUCAUACUCUAGAUUGAGGGGUAACAGGAGAACACACUCGGAGAAUAUUGAGCAACCCUCCUGCGAAAAGGGCAGUCGACCAAAGCUAGGGAAAUGGCUGUCUUCCAAAAUGUCGAAGGCCCGGAGUAAAUGA